UCGACUCGACUCCGCGCGACCCGCGACGGUCUCCAUCAGUCCAUCGUCUUCUGGGGAACAAUUCACGGAACAACUGCGCACCUAAAAGCCACCGACCGCCUCCGACCAAAAAUCUGCUCUCCUGCGCGAUCUUUCCCUCUAGCGCGUGCUUCCACCGCCUCCAGUUCCCAGCCUCCUCCUCAGACAUCAUCACCCGGACGUGUGGACCACCGCGUUCUCUUGACACCACGGCUGGAUGGCGAAGCUUCGCGCGCGUAAAAUAAGCGGAUCUUCUUAACAGAGAGGAGCGGGAAAAGAGCGGGAGAGAGGGGAGGAGGAGAGAGGGGGAGACGGCAGGACAGGGGAGAGGAGUGGAGGAGAGCAGGCGGAGAGACUGCAGGGAGACUCGCUCCCUCUCGGCAUCCAGCAUGGGUGAGCGACGCGCGUGACACGCGGCAGCGAGCGGCACCGCUAGUCUGCGCGUGCCCCAACUCUGUCGAGUCUCGAGCCUCUUCAGGCGGACCAGCCGAGCCGGGAGAAGAAGACCCCGAAACCCACCGGAGCGGAGACUAGACCCCCGAAACCGAAACCCACCGGAGGAGAUUAAACUAAACCCUGCCUCCGGAGCUCGGAACGGCGGAAACAACCGGAGAGCGAUUCCCGCGCGCAGUUACCGGAUCGCUUUAUAUUAUUAAAACCCUGGUGGCGCAACGAGAUCUACGUCCCAAAGCACGUCCACGUCCCACCCGGACUAUAAAGACCCUGGUGGCGCAGACUCCCCCACCGGACGCGGAGAUCCAGGUCCCGAGGCAGGUCCCACCCGGACUAUAAAGUAGGAGUUCACGAGAGAGGAGAAGACGCGCUUUGAUUCUUCCGUUGGAGCUGAAGGGGUUGUUGGGUUGUUGGUUCGAGUCCCGGAGCGGAUCAUGGGGAUCGGCGCUUGAGCCGCCAGCAGCCAGCAUGCAGCUGCAGCCGCGGGUCGCGUGGGCGCUCGCGGGCGCCGCGCUGUGCUCCUUCCUCCUCCUGCUGCUCCACGCGCGCCUCCUCAAAGAAGGUCAGCUAGCGGCGGGGACGUGUGAGAUCGUGACUCUCGACCGGGACAGCAGCCAACCACGUCGCACCAUCGCCCGACAGACAGCCCGCUGUGCCUGUAAGAAGGGCCAGAUCGCUGGGACAACACGGGCCAGUCCCGCCUGCGUGGACGCGGCCAUCGUGAGGAAGAGGCAGUGGUGUGAGAUGUUCCCGUGCCUGGAGGACGAAGGAUGCGACCUGCUGGUCAACCGCUCGGGUUGGACCUGCACCCAGCCUGGGGGGAGGGUCAAGACCACCACCGCUCUAUGACGCGACAAGGCCCUCCUUCAACACUCUCCCAAGAUGGCGGAGAGCUCUGGCGAACCCUUGACAGACAGCCCACACCUCAUCACCUCCUCCUCCACCCUCACCAUGACUACCAUCAACGCCGUUGGUCCGUAAAAAGGCGGGAAAAUCCCAGAAGGUACACCCAGAUCACAUGAUGCGGUCAGAACCAAUGGUGGCGGCGAUGGUGAAUGGAGGACACUAGACCGCACCAAUUUCCUGUUUCCUUCAACCACCCAAUUCCUAUUUCCGUGCUGGGUUCAACUGGUUCCCCCCAGAGAUUAUCGCAGUUGGUUUCUUCGCUGUCUGUCAUCGGAUCACCAUGUCAUUUCCCGCCCUUUUUCGCAACCCCUCUACGCCUGUCACUCAACGGCGCCCUCUAGUGCCACGGAGGCCCAGAAAACCUUAACAAAAAAAUCUAACAAACAAACAAACUGGGGCAUCGUCUUGGAACUGCUUACUGUUGGAUUUUCCGAAAAGACACGGGUUCCAGGACAUAGACAGGACCAUUACAGACCGGAACCUGUGGCUUCUCCGGACCACCGCUCCAGAACCUAGACCGAGCCGACUGCUCUGUGCUGUGAAUAGGCCUCCCAUAUUUUUAUAGACCAAAGAGUGAAACAAAACAAAAAAACGCAAAAAAAAAGCAGGCAGCCGGAACGCGUCUUGAAACUGCGUAUUUGUGGAGACGCCCGCCCAACAAAGACAAAGACAAGCGGUGGUGCGCCACGGACUGAAAGCUAACGCUAUGUUAGCAACUGCGUUUUGGCGGGAAAGCCGCGCUCGCUCGCUAGCAUAACUGGAACCCGUUGGAAACCGGAGUAACCUUUAAACAAUUUGCAACGACAAACUUUUUGGUUUGAUUGUUUUUGUUUCCCAGGCGGAGAGCCCCGUACGACUGGGCCGGGGGAUGUAGGUACAGCAUACGUAUAACUCUGUAUUAAAAAAAAAGAUACACAUCUGAUUUGCAUUUUUAAGCUACGGUUGGGACAUUUUGCAAUAAGCAUGGUUGGUCGCAGAAGGAGGAUCAUAACAAAGAGAGGAUAUCUAAAAAUGUGUGUGAGGCUUUCAAGCCAGAUAUGGGUCAGAGGAAAUGUCAUUAAAUGUAUUUUGAGAGGCUCUGAGAAAAAAAAGUUAUAUAUUUAACAGUUUUAUAUGUCGUACCUUUGUAGAAGAAGCUUAUCGGACAGAAAAUGAGGGGUCGAGAAAGGCGGUUGUACCCGGCCAAUAAGCAGAGCCGUUCUAAUUAUCGCUCGGUUGUCUUUUCUGUUCCAACGAAUCUGUAUCCGCUUUUGUUCACAGUCCUCUAUUUAACAUGGCGCUGACUCACUGUCUCAAACCAUUAUGGAUUAAAAAAGAAACAAAAAAAAGGAAA